AUGGUGAUAAGAAAGAGGAGUUCUAGUGGCUGCUUGCUUUGUAAAAAAAGAAAGAAGAAGUGCGAUGAGAUCAAACCUACAUGUUCGGCAUGUAGGAGGAAUUUCCUUGAAUGUGCAUGGCCGGAUAGCUCUAAGAAAGAAAAGAGUAAGAAUAAGGAUACUCCACCGACAAGAUCAGAAUCAGUGGAAUUUAACAUUACUUUAAUGAAACUAAAACACAGAAUCAAAUAUGCAAAGAAUGACGAUCUUCGUAUGGAAAUUUACGUCAAAAGAGGAUCUAAUAAAUUAUAUCAGUUAAAAAAUACAAAAUUAGAGCGUAUUAAAAAAUUUCCUAGAGCACUGCCUGUGCUACCAAAUGACAUAGACUCGCCAUUUAUCAAAUAUCAUGACAAGCAUAUACCUAACGAUGACUUUUGGAAUAGUACAGCACCCUUGGAUUUAGAACUUCGAGAUUUUUUAUUCGUUGACCUUCCAGAUGGAUUGUCAAUACCGCCAUAUGAAUUAGAAAAUCCCACUGAGGAACAAGAAAAACGUUAUUUGGAGAUUCUUCAAAAAUACAAUAACAAUUCGAUUCCAGACGACACAUAUUUCAAUGAUGUUGAUUUAGAGUCUUUCAUUUUUUACACAAGUUUGACCGGGUUUAUUCCAAAAAUUGGAACCCAACAUACGUCACCGGAUCUUACUGUAGGUGCAACAUUUGUGCCAUUCGUGAGCUCUAAUCCAAUUAUGAAGCAGGUUUUUUUGUGUUGCGGUGCCACAUAUCUCGCCUGGCAUGAUUUCGAACGCUUUCAAAAAUAUAGUGACGAUUAUUAUUUGGCGUCGAAAAACUUGCUUCAGGAAUAUAUGGAAACAAACAAACAAUUCUAUAAAGAGGAUUGGGUAUUUGCAUCACUUUUACUUCUUGUAAUACGUGUCAAGAAUGCUUUCUACGGAACUGUGGAUGAUUCUGUGGGUUUGCUGGCAUAUUCAUAUGAUCUAAUAUCUCGCCGCUAUUUCGAUUACCAUGCUAUUAAUCCUCAUGAAAGGAUGUUUGUGGAAAGCUUUAUUUACCAUUAUUCCACUUCAGUACUAUAUGCCCAAGACAUUUCCCGUCUUCCGUCGCCAUUUGUGAUAUUCAAAGAGCUAAAUAAAGCACUAAGUUGUCCUGUCUAUAACUGUGAAAAUGUUGUGGAAUGGAUGAAAAAUCCAGUACUUGGAUCAUGUCUAGAUACAUUUGAGAUCAUUGCCAAGUUAUCAUAUAUUGCAAGAAUGCCAAUGCCUUUAGCAAAGAACUGGCUUUUGAAAGUCGUACAACUAAGAAACUUGUGUAUUCAGUAUCAACAUCCGAUUCCUGAUCAACGGAUGACAGAUAUUGAAUGGUAUAAUUUUCGUAUCAAUUCAAUGGUUGGAUUAUUGACUGUAAAAGUUUGCUACUUACUUGCAUCUAAAAUGAUAGAUUUUUACACUUUUGAUCCUUAUUCAUCUUCAGUAAGAGAUUGCGUAAAAGAGAUACUUCGACAUUUCAAAGAAAUCCCGGAAAAACACCAGAUAUGGGGAAUUCUUCCAUGGACCAUGCUCGUCUCUGGUUGCUUCUGCACAGAGCCAGAGGAUCAGCACUUUAUUCUACAGAGAAUAAACCAGAUGACUGAAGUCGCUCAUAGUUACGCUGGCGUAAAAAUGGCUAAGUUUCUGCAUGACGUUUGGGGUGAUACGAAAACAGACAUUAAUGUCAUUGGCGACGUUCAAAAUAACAAAAGUAUUGAUAGAAAGAUGGGGAAUCAAGGAGUUAACAAUAUAAACUAUCUUUUUGAUAGGAAAAGACUUUUACAUGUGGAUAUGUAA